AUGUCGAAGCUUUUCCUCAUCACGAGCUUGGCCCUUGCCGCCGUGCAGGGCGCCGCUCCUGGCGCAUCGGGUGCCUCUACCGGCGCCGGCGCACCGGGUGCCCCUGCUGACACUGCGACGACAACGUCCGGGAAGAAGUGCGUCAACCCAGUGGGCCAGCUCGAGUCCAUCAACAAGUACGACUCGCAGAAGCACGGGGCCUGCGAGUGGGAAAAGGCCCGGGCGGUCCUCUGCAACAGUGGCCGAGAAGCCGACCCCAAGGGCUACGUGCCCUGCCUUUGGCCCAAGGGCAAGGCGGAGAGCGACUUCGACAGGGCCCAGGCGGAUUGCCUGGCUUGCAAGCAGGGCGGGCAGGGCGAGGAGAAGAUGGCGCCUGAGGAAGUCAAAAAAUGGACUGCGGCACAGAAAAAGGGCAAGGCGAUUGUUCUGGCAAACCCGACGGGUGACAAGGAGAUCUGGGACGUCACCUUUGGAAUAUACAAGAACCUCGGCAAGACCGAGGAGACGCCAACUGAAGAACCCAGCCCCAGCGGGAACGACACCGCGCCUGAGACCUCGGGGGAUGCCAACUUCAACCUGGACGCCUACUUUGAGGCGACGAUCCAGAAAUACAAGUCUGUGGAAAGCGUCUCGGUGUGCUCGUACAACAAGGAAGUCUUGGUUUCCAGCAAUGGAGCGGACGAGAGCACGUCCAGCAACGGAGCGGACGAGAGCACGUCUACCAACACCACCGAGCAGAGCAGCCAGUCCCGAGUCGUCAACAUUGUUCAAUACGACAAGACGGCAUUCCGGUUCCAGCUCAAGGGCGGGGUCAUGGGCGUCGUGUUUGUCAACAAGAAGGAGAAUCUGGCCCUGACCAGCAGCAGCAACAGCACCAGAGCCGCUACCGAGGAGGACCGCAAGACACUGCCCAAGGUUGAGAAGAUCACAAAGGGCGUCGAGGAAGAGGACGUCAAGCAGUCGAAGCCCGUCGAGGUGAAGAAGGCGAGCCCCGAGUGCGAGAAGUCGAUGAAGAAGCUGCAGGAGGAGGUGCUGCCCAAGGCCCAGGGAGAACUGUCCGAGGAGAAGAAGAAGGAGGUGGUCAAGGAGGUCACUAGCGAGCUCACGGUCAAGAUCCAAGCCAAGACCAAGGAAGUCACGGUUACCUCCGAGGGUAUCAAGACGGGCAAGGCUUCCUCCGGCGGCGAGGGAGGCGACGCCGAGGACGCGAGCGAGGCCGGCUCGGCCACCGGCAGCAAGGGCGGCAAGGGCGGCAGCGACGAGGACGGCGAGGACGGCGAGGCUGGCUCGUCGUCCGCUGGCAGUCAGAAGACGGCCAAGUCCGGCUCCAAGGGCGGCAAGUCCGGCAAGAAGCCCAACUCUUGCAAGCGCCGCCGCCGCCGCAGCAACACCGUCGCCGCCUAA